UAAAACUUACCCAAGUGUGGUCGAAUGCAUCUUCAGUUGUGUGUGCAUAUGUGAAACUUUAACAAGUGUCAAGCUAGUGUUACUGUGUUAGGAGAGAGGAAGUAUAUAGCUGAAAUAUGUUGCACGUUUCGGGACUUGUUUUCGUUUCCUUGUAUUUGGCCCAUUGUGUAGCUGGGGACGUUUUCUGUAACAAGGAGGAGGUAGAGCUGGCUUGGAAAAUAUGUGAGCGCGCAUACCAUCAAAGAGAUCGUAGCACUGAUAUCAAGGAAAUAUGCAGCAAUAUGGACUGCCUGAUCCAAUGCAAAUUCGAUGCAGUUGGUGACUGUACAAAAAGUGACAAAUUUCUUGAUCAGAUGCAGAAUUAUGACCCUGAGAAGUGGAAGGUGGUCUUCAGAAUAUUAUGCUCAGAUGUUACAUUUGCGACAGAGCAAAGAGAGUUAGGUUGCGUAAUGAACGGUACUUUUUGUUCUUCCUAUGAUCUCUCUAAAAACUUCUUUUACGGUCGUCUUAACCUCUACAACAACGGCAAAUAUGAUGAAUACAAGGAGCUAUUGUGCAACACUACUGCAGUUGCACGGGACUGCCUUCGUGUAUUUCCCACAGCAAACUGUUCAGAGUCUAGUGCAAGAAUAAGUUUAGACAUUGUCAAGACUAGCAGCUCACUUUCUUUCUGUGACAACAAGGACAUCAAACAUUUAUACACAAAACACGGCGGCGAUGCGAAAUGUGCAAAUCCUAAAUUGGACAGCAAAUGUUUCACAUCAAGCUUAGGGUCUAGGGUGUCACGAUGCAGGACGUUUUCGCUUCACACUCUUGUUGACCAGCGUUUGUCACCGAAUAUUGACGAAUUCUGCAAUAGUCGAGAAUGUAACAUAAAAUGUUACGAAGAUGCUGUAAGCGACUGUGACAAGCAGGAAAAGUACUUUAAUUUAGACCCAGUUGCCGUGAAGGUGGCAAACAGAGCAGCAUGUGAUAAUAAGGAAGAGCUCAAAACUGCAGUGAAAGAAUGCAGUAUCCGAAACACGACGUGUUCUACAGAAUUUAACAAAUCCCGUUCAGGAGCAUUUGACUUUUUACUGCAGCAAAAUUACACGGAAUAUAGACAAGCUAUGUGCAGUGCUACCUCAAAAUUCAUCGAGUGUUUGGAUUACGUCGUUGCUGGAAAAUGCACGGACGAGAUGGCAACUCUCUUGAAAGAUAUGAUUACAGUCACGUUCAGCUACAGCAAAUGUAGCCCACAAAACCACGCCUUCUUUUCUAAACAUGGCGCCGAUACCUACUGCGUCGCUUCCGGAAGCGGCAACCCUUUGCUUAACAUUUUUCUGUCCUCGAUAAUAAUGUUACUUCUUGCGUUGUUAUAUAAAUAGAAAGAUCAAUUGUUAAACUAUUUUUACAAACUGUUCAGAUUUGAAUAAUCAGCGUUCGAGCUGACACACUUGGACGUUUUAUUGGACAGUUUUAUUACCCAAAAAAUGCAUAAAUGCCUUAUCAAGCAAUGUGAUACAACAUAUCAGCAAGACUUCAUUCGAGAUUAUUUUUUUUUAUCUGAUGCCUUACUUGUGUAUUGCAUAACUGUGUAUUUACGCGCAUGGUAUAAUUUGGCACACACCAUAAUAUAUUUAUCACAAUGAAUAAUCAAGUUGCAAUCCUGUUAUAUCAGAAUAAACGAGACCGUAAGCUUCAUUGUGUGCUGCAUACAUAAUUAUAUCGUGAAAGUGCCGCCUCACAUGAAUAGUUGCGCUUCUGCUAUAUCAUAAUAGAGACCAUCACAAAUUUGGCCCAUCUAUUGGUUUGUGAGCAUAUGAGAGAAUAUGGUUGUUUUCAGAAAUUUGAAUGCUUGGAACAAAAACAAUCUGGUUGGCUCGUGUUGUAGCGGAAUGGAGUUGUUUUGCUUUAAAACAUCUUCUGCAACAUUCAUGUAUGUUUUUCCCCGGUAUGAUUCCACAGUGAACUGAAUAAUUGCAAAUGUACUCUUGCAUGUAUAGUUUUGAAAGAAAGUUUUGUAUAUAUGUAUAUAAAAAUGAUAACACAUAUUAUGGUAAAAUGCAAAACGCAAACAAUUUAGAUUUGAUUUAUACUGUCAUAUACAUGAGCGUCUGCAAGUUUACUAAGUCACUUCUGUUUUUUGUUGUCUCUACAAUUCAGUUUAGACUGAAAUUACAAUAUGAAAAAUGACAUUUUAGGUUGAGCAAUUCUCAGUCAUGACAAUAUAAUUUUUUUAUAAAGUCUUUUCAAUUUAUUGUAACAAACAGUCAUGACUGCACCCCUCCCCUUGAGGUCAUUUUACUCCUAUUGCCAAUACCGGUGCUUAAAGCAUCUGGUACACCCAGACGAGCUGCAUAUAGAGGUUCAGACCCCCCAGAUUAAUGGUGCCAUCAUAUACUGUAUCACAAAGAAAUACCACCACCACCCUACCCAUAGAGCCUUACCAACAAGUGCAUUUAUUAAACAGACCUUGGAAAUAUAAAUGUUUAAAACAUUUUACAAAAAAAAAAUGUAUAGUAAAGAGAUCUUCGUCAGCGACAAAUGACUUGCCAUAGUUCUGUAUCACAAAAAUAACAAUAGCAUAAUAUUAUUUAUUAUGGGUAGAAACAGUCACAGUUGGUAUCUAUUUGUUGUAGAAAUUUUUGUGUUUGAAAGUGUUUUGAGAGUUCUUUUGAAUGAAUUUAGUGAUGAAUCUUUUCUGAGAUUGUCAGGAAGAGAAUUGUAAAUCUGGUGCAGACGGAGAAUAGCGAUUGGUAAAAUAUAAGAUUUAUUUUCUUAAAUGCUUUAAAUGUAUACAUGGAUAGGUUUUUAUAUUUGUCGGGCUCUCUGAUGACAACAAUUCAACAAAUUUCAGUAUUUUCCAAUAAUAUGUGUGUAUGUAUUGAAAUCUACGUUCAUUAAAAAGUUUGCAUUACAAAAAAAAAUGAAAUUAAUUUUCUAAUUGAUUACAGUAUAAGCAUUUUCUUCCAUUUCUUUAAAUUUGUCAAGGUUUAUGCCAUCUUCCUUUCUUGAUUGCUAAUUUGUGUCCAGAAACUUUUAAUCUUGUCAAAGCAUAUCUAUUGUUUUUAUAUUUAUUUAUCUAAAUAUAUCUUAUAAUUAAAUUCUGAAAACAAUCUAUAUCCCGAGGUGCGUAUUGAAUUACUUAAUUCUCCAUUCCAGUCUUGACAAAACGUAUCCUUUAGUUUUUGUUUUAGUUCACUAAUAAAUAGAUUUUCAUUUCAUACUCUUUGGAAUAACCAAACAUAACAAAAUCCUAAAUUCUCUAUUGUGGAUUUAACAGAUUUUGCCUAAUUGUUCUUAUUUUUAUGUUUUUCCAUGUCUUCAACCAUCAUAUUAUAGAUUUGUUUUGUGUACUUUUUAUUAUCACUUUUAAUUAUUUUCAGCCAGUACUUUAUGACUCUGACUAUUCUGUUAUAUUUGAGUGGCAUCCUGCCGAGUUCACCAGAUAUAAAGUUGUUUUAUGUUUGUAAUUUAACGCCUAAAGGUUUCUUGCAAGAGUUUAAUUGUAUAUUUUCUAUUUUAAAAGAGUCAUUUAUCUACCAGACUACAUCAGUGUAACAUCAGUUAAAUCUAAAAGGUCAAGUUUGUGUUCAAUUGUAAGGUCAGUGAAAAUUUGUAUAUAAUUUUUAAUUUUAAAGGUUGCUUUUAAUGUCUGUCCUGACAUUGCAUCAUAUGUGUCCGAAAAUAAGCAACCUGUAGUAAACACUAUCCCUAUUUAUGUAUUUUUUGACAAUAAUUAUUUCUGUUUCCAUGUCAUCAUAUAAUACUGUUAAGCAUCUUUCUAUCCUGCCUCCUUUUUGAAAAAUAAUGACUUUAGUUUUUCUUGCAUUGACAAUGAGCUUCCAUUUAUCACAGUAGUAAGCCUUCUUGUAAAUCGUAUAGAAUAAAAUCUUUAAACAUCCCUAUACUGAGUCCGCUGAACUCUUCUUACAUAACAGUUUCCUCUAAAUCAUUUAAAAAAAAUAGAAAAGGGGAAAGACAAUCUCAUUGACGUACUUCUAGCGAACAUAUGAAACUUUCACAUAGUGAAUUUUGUAUCUUCAUUAUUGAUUUUACAUUUGUGUACAUGGAUCUUAAUACGUUUAAAAUUUUUCCUCUUACUCCUAGUUUAAUCAAUUUCAACCAAAUGUUUUCUCUAACCACAAAAUCAAACGCUUUUGUAAAAUCAACAAAACAGACUAUUACCUUUUUAUUUUCAUUUAAUAUAUAAUUGAUAAACCCGUUUAGAUAAAGAUAUUGUCAACUGUUCCCAUGUUUUUUCUAAAGUCCGCCUGUGCUUCUACCAUGUUCUACAUACACUUUAUAGCAUUCAACCCAUUUGUUUAGUCUUUUGUUUAAUACCCUGGUGAACAGUUUGCCUAAUGUGCUAAAAAGUGUUAUUCUCCUGUAAUUUUCUGGAAAACGUUGAUCACCCAUUUUAUACAAUGGUAUAAUAAACCCUUCUGAUCAUUGAUUAGGAAAAUAACCUAUACAUGUGUAUGUAUAUGUAUUUAACAAUUUGUUGAAACAAUUUUUCAAGUAUUUCAAUACAAUCAUAUGAUCUGUGUAAGCACGAAUACGCUUCACUCCGUCGUACCAAUGAGAUCAAAUUUUGCUGUAAUGUUGCAGCUAUCAGCACCUUGUGGCCGUUUUCUUAUAACUCUACCAUGUGGUUGUUGUCCUAAGGUAAUUGACCCGUAAUGACACUCGGCAAUUUCCGUUUGAUUACGUAUUGCCGUUCGGUAUUUUUCGGACUUGCAAGUGCCUUUCCGAAACUACCGGAAACAACCGGAAACCGCCGAAAUCAUAUACAGAGAGUACGCAAUUUGCAGACUUCUUCAUUGUGUGUUUUUUUUCUUUAUAAAAUUGCUAUUAACAUAAUUAUGGUAAUGUGCAUGCAGGAACAGAAUGAAAUAAUCUACAGUCUAAUUUGCCAUACUUCAACAAUGAUUAAGGAUUUACGUAAUAAUGGCGGGUUUUAUUUGUUCAUGCAUUGUCAGAAGAGGAGAGGUUAUCACGGGAAGGGAUUUACACUCAUACGUAGAAGUAUACGAGUUUUUAAAAUCCUUUAAGAAACUGUUAGCACAAACGUAUUAAACACAUAAUACGUUCCCAAGUGUGGUUUAUCGUAGACUAACCCGAUAACCCGCGUUUUGAGUUCUUAUACGUAAGAAUAUAUUAUUUCAGAAUUGGGAACUUGUUAUUUCGAUUCUAACACGACAUACUUGCAACAACAGUGUUAGAAAAAAAUGGUAACUACUUUUUUACGACAUAAACUACACUUCGUGCUACGCACUUGGAUUUGGCUUUCUCCAUGUAUUCUUCCCAUUGCGUAAGGAUUGCAGCACAUAUUGUGUAACAUGGCCAUCAAACCUUUUAUCAAUUAUCUUCAAGUCACCAAAACCAAGGCGAAUCUCGCGGAUUGUUCCCGUACGCAACAGAUUAGUUGUUUGUGUCAUUUUGCAGCCGAACUGUGUUGUUGUCACCGGAAAAGAAAAAGCUUUUUUUUCAAACACGACUGCAUUGCUCAGAAGCGAAAAAAUAUUCGCAUAGUUUUGGGUAAUAUGCUGCUUAUUUUCUUGUAAGCCAACAUAAUGCCAUAUUCAAUAUUUCCGUUAUUGGUCAAAAUUUGGUAAAUUCUAGCAGCUUACUCGAUAUUAGAAUACCGAGACCUUAGACCUAGUGUUAGACUUGCACAGUCAGUUGAGAUUAAACAUUUCGCAUUCUGUUAAAAACAAAAUAUGUCAACAUGCCCUUUACAAAAUCCUCUUUUCCUCUUUCUGUGGCCCCUUUUACUGUGACGUAUGUUAGAUUCAGAGGUAAGUGAUAUUGUAUUUUUUUUUCAGAAAGUGCUAUCAAAUGGGAUUGAUUUUAUGGUCAACUGCUCUACAUUUAAUGACUCUAACGAUUGAUGCCAGUCUAACCUAACAUAAAUAAUUCUGAUGUAAUACUGUUUUCCCGAUGUUUUCCUACUUGCUCCUUUGCUUUGCUUAGAAACAUCCUUCAAUAUAAUACUUUAGAUAAUCCUUUAGGUAUACAGUUAGCUGCAGUACUUAUUUAAUGGCCCUAAUAUAUGCAAAGCUGAAAUAGUAUCAUCUUAGUACAUAAUAAUGUAUAAUUUUAACAUCUUUAACAUUCAAUACUAUUACACGUUAAGUUUCUCUUCAAGAUGCUAUAGUACAUCGUUCAAAAUAAAUACUUGGAUUGUUCUAUACUCUUGCGAUAUACUUCACUGGUAUAUCGCAUAAUUUAUGCAAUCAUUGUAUCCAAUAAAUUUAUUGUUACUGA